UCUCGUCGAGUACACUCGUAUGAUGAUGGUGGUGAUGGUGGUGGUGAUGAUAGCAGUGUGUGUGUGUGUACCACCCACGUUUAAAAACCAUUUUUACUAAAGUUCUUUAAUAACAAAACGUUUUUAAUCGCUAACCAAUCGUUUCUUUAAAUUAUGUACAAUCAUGAGAAUAUAUUUGUUUCUCUAUAUUAUAUUGAAGGAUCUUCGAGUAUCAAGAACCAGUGACAUUAUAUAUAAAUUCAUUGAAACGUCGUGGAUAACGAAAGAUGAUUUUAAUUUGGCUUUAAGUGCUUCUUUCAAGAAUUCAUUCUGUUGUAACAUUUAUUUACAUGAUACCACUUUGGAAAUUUCACAGCUGUUUAAAAAAUUUAUUGAUAAUUAUCCCUACGAGUAUUCAUUGAACGCAAAUACUUAUGAUUGCAAGGCAUAUUUUUUGUUGGGCUCGACGGAGAAAGAAAUUUUACAUGAUUUGAAAAAAGUUCCAACGUUUAUAUCCAGCACAGAAAUUCUCGUCAUUGUGAACGAUUAUAUAAAAAUUAAUUCGAGUGUUUUUAACGUGACGAUCUAUGGGAACGCUAACGCUAACGUGAUAAGCAAAUCAGGAAUAUGGAGUUUGUCCGAAAAUUAUUUAUUCCCAAGAAUCUUUCAUAGAGUCGACAACUACGAAAAAAUGAAACGCGACGACGGAAAAGUGAAUUUUCAUGGUAGACAAUUAAGAGCAUCGACAUUUUAUCGGCCACCAGUGUCUUAUUUAAAUCGUACAACCGUCAGGAUUAUCGAUGACGUCGAAGAAGAAAUAUUUGACGCUGACGACGAUCAGGAGAAGGACGGUAUCGAGGUGAAGCUAUUCUUGCUGAUGGCAGAAAAAUUAAACUUCACUUGGAUCAUUAAAAAAUCGAAAGAUAGAUACGGAAAGAGAUACAACGAAACUGCAUGGAAAGGUGGAUUCAUAAAACUCUUGUACGACAACAAGAUCGAUAUCGCGUUUGCCAGUAUAUGGUUGAACAGGAAUCAUUAUGAUUUCGUCAACUUAACUGAUCCUUGGUAUCAAGUAUAUAUACAAUUUUUGGUACCACGUCCACAACCGAUAACCAGUUUCUGGGCUCUAACUAGACCUUUCUCGGUAACUAUAUGGAUUCUAUUUGUCUUAGCUAUAUUCUUACAAAGCAUUUGCAUAUUCGCUCACGCUCGAUUCAAUCCACGAUAUCCGGAACGCUUUCGAAGUUUCUUAAUAACUUUCAUCGAAUUGACCGGUCGCUUGUUGGGCUCUUGGGCACCAAAAAACAUGGUCAACGUCAAACUACAAUUAUAUCUUUGGCAAACAAUGGGAUUGAUACUUGUCACUGCCUACAGCAGUAGUCUCGCAGCUAAGUUAACUAACUCCGAGUAUGAAAACAGAAUCGACACGAUAAAACAAUUUCUCGAAGCUAACUUAAUCUGGGGAACAAAGACGGUCCCGUCUUUUACAAACUUUAUCGACUACGAAGAUCCUUAUUUAUCCCAAUUACCGAGUACACAUAGAGUCAUUGAAAACAAGGAGGAAAUACAUAAAAAUAUCGUUAAAGGCAAUUUCGCUAUCCUUGGAAAUUUCGUUGGGUCUGUCUUCUUCCCUGAGGAUGAAAUUUAUAAUAAAGAUCUUAAAAAAUAUCGGAUGAUGAAAGAAAUGAUAGGAAAAUUUUACGCAUCUUUUGUUGCUCAACCUUGGCUCCUGUCACCAAUAAACAGGAUGAUGUUACAAUUAAGAGAAUCCGGAAUUAUUACUUUUCAUUUACAUGACGUUUUGCGACGACGUACUGGUUUUAAUCUUCGCGAAAUUCUCGUAGAAUACGAUGGAAAGGAUGGAAGCAUUAGAGUACUCACUCUAACACCUUUAGGAGCUGCUUUUUUCUUGCUUUUCGUUGGCCUAUCGAUAUCGACUCUCGUAUUCUAUUUAGAGAUUAAAUAUAAGAAUGAUUCUAAAUCGAUUCGUGAGAUUUUACGUGACAUCGAUCAAAAACGAGGAUCUCGCUCCACAUCUACUGGCAAAAAGCAAUUGUAA